AAGGGAAACUUCAGCUGCGGAGAAGAGGCACCACAGCUCGCCCUGCAGCCAACAGGGAAACCCUGACACACCUCCCCGGCACAGCUGCCCCCAGGGGCUCUGCCCCGGCGCUUGCGCAUCCCCCGCGCGACCACUACAGCCAACCUCCCCACGACACACCACCGCCAAAGCACCGCCACCGCUCUCCCCACCCACGGCCACCCCAACAACGCACUUCCCCAAGACCACCACAGCCACCAGCCAAAACUGAAAGCCACAGCCGGAAACUCGCUGCCAUCGGAAAGCGAGGAAGGGGAAGCCGCCGCGCCACAUAAAGCCGGCCACCCGGCACCACACCAAGCACAGCGACCACCCGCAACACCACCAAGCCUGCCCGGGCUCCUGCACAGCGACACCCACCCAACCACCAUGACAGCGCCCGCAACCCCGCAGCCCCGCCUGACGCACGGCGCCACGCCGCUCCUGCUCCUCCUGACGGCUCUCGCCACCGCCCUCGCCUGCCACCACCUGCGGCCCGGCGACGACACCUUCCCCUGGGACGGCCUCCGGCUCCUCCAGGCCAUGGCUCCCAGCCCGACACAGCCCUGCCAGCAACACCAGGCGCCCUUCCGCUUCCCCGACACCCUCCUCCACACCAGCCACCCACAGCAAGCCGCCGCCACCGCCCUCCGCAUCCUACAGCACCUCUUCCACACCCUCAGCAACGACAGCGCCCCACAACACUGGGACACCGGCGCGCGCCACCACCUCCUCAACCACCUACAGCACUACAUCCAACGCCUGGAGCAAUGCCCGACAGCCAGCGCCACGCUCUUCAAAAGGCAGCGACUCAGCAUCGACAGGUACUUCACGCACAUCCAGGACUUCCUCCACACCCACAACCACAGCGCCUGCGCCUGGGACCACGUCCGCCUCGAAGCUCGCGCCUGCUUCCAACGCCUCCACAACCUCACCCGCACCAUGCGCCGUUAGCCCAAGCACCGCGGCCAACGCGCACGCGCACGGCCCCACCACACCGACAACAACACUUCUGGAGCCCCGGCGGACCCAGCCCCACCUCUCUCAUCCCGCCUACCCUCAGCCACGCCAACAGCCGCUGCAGCAACGGCCCCGC